AUGGCGGUGGAAUUUGGCGACCACGCCAGUGGCUUUCGCCACAAUGAGGUGGUCCGGUUCAUUAAUAAUGAAGUUCUCAUGAAUGGUGGUGGCCCGGAGUUCUACAUGGCCUUUCGCUCUCGUCCCUGGAACGAGGUGGAGGACCGGCUUCGCUCUGUGGUGGUGGACCCGCAGGUGCCUCGUGCCCUCAAGAGGGCUUGCACUUGGAGCGCCCUGGCCCUGGGCGUGCGAGUGGUGGCCAGGCUGCGGGAGCAGCAGGGGCGUCGGGUCCGUAGGCUGCAGGAUCAGGUGGAGGAGCGCGAGGCAACUUGCUGGGCGCUGGCUUCCGAGUUGCAGCGGCUGCGUGAGGAGCGUGAUGAGGUGGUUACACAGUUGCUCUUCACCCGAUCUGCCUUGCAACAGGCAGUGAAUGAAAGUGAUAUGCUGCGUGGGAGGCUGUUUCAGGUUGAAGGGGUGGCACAGGUUGCCCCCCCAGCCCAUGAUAUAGUCCCUAGUCUGAGAGCCAAUCAACCAGGGCCUGCAGUUUGGCCCCAGAAUGCAGACCAGCAACAAGAAGUGGGAGCCGUAGGGAGAAAUGACAGGCUGUAUUUCGAGGCUCCAACACCAGCCCCGACAGCUGUCCUUUAUAUGCCAGGACCCCCGACUCCUUGGGCCUCGCCUGUGCAACCCCCUGUGCAAGUCCCAGUGCCACAGUCAGUCCCAAUCCCACCACCAUUACCAGUGGGAUUCCCGUACUUGCCACCUCCACCACCUGCAGGAGUCAUGGAAGCAGAAGCAGGAGUAGUCCCACUUCAGAUGCCACCUGUGGGGUUCUGUCCACCUGGCUCCUGGGUUGCAGGGAACUUCCAGAAUGAGACAAUCCCUCUGUGGGACCAGAGAUACUAUGUCCAGGCUGAAGGUCCUGUGAACCUUCAGGGGUCUGUCCUAGGGGACAACAGAAGCCUCAGCCAGGAAGGUCUAGAGAAACCCCAGGUGAUGGCUUCCCUAGUUAACAUGGAGACCUGUGGCCAAGAAGUAGGUCCACAGAGGUCCCAGGGAAUGCUCCCCCCUGAGGACAGUGUGUGUCAUAUCCAACAGGAAGAACCAGAACAGUCUCAAGGGAUGACUUCCCUAGUUGACAUAGGGAGUCACAUCAAGGAAGAAGGUCCAGAAAUACCCCAGGGGAUGGUCUCCCUGGGAGACACAGGGACCCAUAGCGAAGAAGAAGGUCUACAGAGUGUUCAGGGGAUGGUCUCCUUGGUUGACCUGGGUAACCACAGCCAGGAAGAGAGUCCACAGAUGCCCCAGGUAACACACCUACUUGAAGAAAGUGGGCACCAUAGCCAAGAAGAAGUUCAUCAGAGGCCUGAGGGAAUGUAUUCCCUGGAGCACAGCAGAAGCCACUGCCAGGAAGAAGGUCCAGAGAGGGCCCAGGGAAUGGCACCCCUUGAGUUCAGUGGGAGCAACAGCCAGGAAGAAGAACAUUUACAGAGAGCUCUGGGGAUAACUUUCUCAGGGUUGAACAGAAGUCAUGAUCUGGAAGAAGGUGCAGAGAGGCCCCAGACAACCCCUGUGUGGGAGAGCUGGAGUCAAGCUGUGAGAGAAAGCCCAAAGAAACAGCAGCCUCAGUGGCAGAAGGCCAAGCAACCACAAGGGAAAAGAACACUGGGUUCCCAGCAUCAGGAGAAGUAUGCCUCAUGCUACAAUCAAGAGAAUUGGGUCUGCCUAUGUUGUAAAGCCAUGAAUUUUUCAUGGCGCACAGCUUGUUACAAAUGCAAGAAAGCCUCUGUGCCAGUUGAGGGUGGAGGUGUCAACACAGGACAAACUCACUGA